CGCUUACUUAAAAGCACAACCAAAAAAUAACAAGCGGAAAAAGGGCGAUAAAUACGACUGAUAAGAAAAGUACUAGUAGCCGGGCACCGGAAAGUCAGUGAUAAAAUUCCUUGGGGUUACAGACUGGCGGGAAGGAUACAAAGGACGAGUGAUCACACAAACCACGCCCACAAUGACUGCGUUGCGUUAUAUGGGUUGGUUGACCGGCUGCUCCGUCUUCACAGCAUUCGUGUCCAUCAUUUGGCAGGCGUUCAUAUCGUUGCAGUCGCUCAACAGAACGACUGUCCUGCUCACCGGCCUGCUGGCCAUUGAGGGGUCCCUCAAGCGCCCCGCUUUUCAACCGGCGCCCAAAGUGGCCAUCGGAUACGGAGCCUGCACUGACUUACAGAUCAACGCCACCGAGUUUCUGGAGCGCUACUACAGCCGACGCAUCCCGGCAGUCACUACAGGAUCCCGGGAGAUUGUCAACAAUGAGGACGAGCUACUGCAGUCCUUUGCCUAUUACUUCCAGAACGGUGCUGCAGCGGAGCGUGUAAUGGCAAACAGUACUCUCUUCAAACAAUUGGUGGGAUACGCCAAGGUGAUGGAUAAGGAGCGGAUCCAGUGGUACAUGGGUGGCAACGCCCCGCUGAUGGCUGUGCGCUUCUUUAUGGAGGGAGCUGAAGUGCUACUGGGCGCCCACAUGUCUAAAAAAUUGCGUCCGCUGUUGCCCAAGGAGAUCCGUCUGGCAGGCGACGAGAUUCCAAACGAUGACAUACACCUUAUUCUGGAGUACAAGGCCGGCGACACAUGGGGCUCGUAUGUGGCGCCCCGCGCCAAUCGCUACAUCCUGCACAACGACCGAAAUAAUCCGCAUCUGAGGGCCGUGGAGCAGUUGACGGAUGCGUUGAAGGUGUAUCACCCGCAGCUGCUGGUUGUAAGCGGACUCCAAAUGAUGGACAUGUUCUCCUUUAAUCCUGGCGAGCGAGAAGCGCGUCUGCAGCAAGUACAGAGGCAGUUAACUAGCCAGCCGGCGGACACUCUAAACCACUUCGAGAUGGCCUCGUACGUGGAGUUGAAGCUACUGCAGCAGCUGCGGAGUUUUGUCUUGCCCUUUGUGGACUCAUUGGGUAUGAACGAACAGGAGCUUUCCAAUCUGCAGCAGGUGUUGGCCUACGGACGGACUACCCUGGCAACGGAUUGGAAUCCCCGCAUUGCCCACACCCUCGACCAGAUGCGGCAGGUGUUCAUUAGCAUGCUUGAGGACUACAGCGACCGAAGCUCUGGCGAUCCAAGGCGGCGUCGUAUCUCGCGGAUCCACGUGCACACUUUGGCCUACCAGGCCAUCCUCACUACAACCGGAUCCAAGUGGAAGAAUACCCGGGCUGCAGCUGCCAAGGCGGCUCUCACUGCUCACCGAUAUGUCUGCAAGUCCCAGUUUAUUAAUCCAGAGGCAGUCUUACAGGUACUAGACGAUAGUUUCGCCACCUCGGCGCAGACUGAUGCGCCUCGCAUGCGAAUUGGGGCUGCCAGUCCGGUGCCCUGCUGGCGGGAGUAUAUCGAGUACGGUCGCCAGCGGCAACGGCUUGAGGUGGAGAUUUGUGUGGCCCCAGUGCUGGUCUGUCGCGAGGCGAGGAAAACAGCCGGAGCGGGCGACAACAUUUCCGCUUCCGGAUUGGCGGCACAGUUGUAGAAGCGACGAUUACAACGGAUGAUCGGAUGAGACUGCAUAGCAUUAUACUAGAAACCUGCAAUCCAAGACUCGAAUAGAAGGCCAGGACGUAACCCCGAAGCAUUCCCCCCGCUGGAUGGACAUGGACUCGGCAUGUUUAGCACCUUAGUGACCUUAGAAACGCGUUACCUUCACAGAAAUCUGACGAAAAUGCUCAAGCGAUAGCACCAAGAAAACAACGAGUCCCAUAAGACUACAUAUCCAGAUGAGUUUUUAACGGAAGUGCUGAUUCCUGCACUUGUCCUCUCAUCAUCAACGUAUAUAUUCCAUGUGUUCAAAAUUAUUCCUAAUGCAACAGCAUCGAAGUUCGGAAACGAAUGCCACCUAGUCCUAAGUUUUGUUAGUCACUAAAUCUAUGUUUUGACAUUUUUGAGCCAUUCCUACUUACAAUUUGUUUCGCGCACUUGGUUUCAAACUCAAAAAAAAAAUGCGGCAAAUAAUUAAACAGGCUUUUCCGCACUGUAAAA